CCACGCCCCCAUCAGGGGGGUGAGCGCAUAUCCGAAACUUACUUGAGGUCCAUGCGAGAUCGAGAAUCAUUGUGGCAAUUUCAGAUGACUGCAUCAGAAUUGCUUGAACUCGCUCAAGCUUUGCGCCUCCCUGACGAGAUCAGAACGGACAUGGGACACAAGUUCACCGCAAUCGAAGCUUUGUGCCUCACUUGUGCUCGCUUACGCUCAGCUGGUGACCUGUAUGAGCUCGUAUCUAAAUUUGACCGUUCUGCUGCUGGAAUAUCUGAAAUAGUCAACUGGGUCAUCAUUUUCAUUGACGAAAAAUGGGGGCACCUCCUGGAUUUUGAUCAAGAGCAUCUGCUCUCCCGACCUAACUUGGAGAAGUAUGCGAGGGCAGUCCAUGAAAGUGGUGCACCUUUGACUGGAAUUUGGGGUUUUAUUGACUGCACCAUACGGCGCAUCUGUCGGCCGUCUCACUGGCAACGGCAGGCAUAUAAUGGUCAUAAAAAAUACCAUGCACUCAAGUUUCAGGCUGUGAUGUUG